UAUCUGUAACACUGGGUCUUAGACAGGGUGAUAGUGUUAACACAGAGGGCUCUAGGUCUUAGACAGGGUGAUAGUGUUAACACAGAGGGCUCUAGGUCUUAGACAGGGUGAUAGUGUUAACACAGAGGGCUCUGGGUCUUAGACAGGGUGGUAGUGUUAACACAGAGGGCUCUGGGUCUUAGACAGGGUGAUAGUGUUAACACAGAGGGCUCUAGGUCUUAGACAGGGUGAUAGUGUUAACACAGAGGGCUCUGGGUCUUAGACAGGGUGAUAGUGUUAACACAGAGGGCUCUAGGUCUUAGACAGGGUGAUAGUGUUAACACAGAGGGCUCUAGGUCUUAGACAGGGUGAUAGUGUUAACACAGAGGGCUCUGGAUCUUAGACAGAGGGAUAGUAAACCACUGAGGGGUUGGUUGAGAGGGCCUUACACUGGCAUAGUGCAGACGGAGACCAAAGAGAGAGUGACCAGCAAGACACUUUCACAACGCAUAAAACCCUGUCUCACAAAGCUUGUUGACAUGGGAAACUACUCUGACUGCAGAUCGAUAACUGCUGUAUUGAAUUCAGAACAGAUGCAAUGCAACAAUAUCAACUGAACCAUAACCUGCACAUCCAAGUUAUACAGUACUGAUUCAGCUAGCGACAGUAGAGGCUGGACCAUUCAACUGCUCUACCUGGGUCAAUAGUAGCCAUGGUGAUCCAACCCUUGACAACCACUAUUUCAGUAGUGGAUUAAUGGGUCAGCAGCUUCUAAUUAUCUGACACACUGUUGUAAUCUGCAUCCGCGCUAACCUCAACCUGUCAACAAAUACACAGCAUCAAGCAUAGCCCAAUGGGAAAGCACGUCACCUGAGAAUGAUUGAUUGAUUGAACUUUAUUAGUCAUGUAAAAUCCUGUAACACAAUGUCAAACCAAAAAUAUAUAACAUACCAUGCACCAGACCAAGAAGUGGGUUUGACUUAGCUGGCCUGGUACAAUGGAACCAACAGAAUAGUCCCUAAAGUGCAAACGGUGCACACCUCAUGUAUUUGAAAGUAUUUUACCAACUGUAUGUAUUUGCCCCAGGUCUGCCAUGUACAGCUUGUCCCCUGACCCAGAGUGUUGUGUGUCUCCCCUUUCCAGGCUAAGAUCUACUUCUCGUUCCCUGGAGAACUGCUGAUGAGGAUGUUGAAGAUGCUGAUCCUGCCUCUCAUCACGUCCAGUCUGAUGUCGGGGCUGUCAGCCAUGGACACUAAGGCCAGUGGGCGGCUGGGGGUGCUAACCAUCACUUACUACCUGUGGACCACCUUCAUCGCUGUCAUCGUCGGCAUCAUCCUGGUGCUGGUCAUCCACCCUGGUACGGGCACAGAGAAGGACGGGCACAGAGCAGGGUCAGGGCCCGUUAUGACUUCUGCUGACGCUCUGCUGGACCUCAUCAGGAACAUGAUUCCCUCCAAUCUGAUAGAAGCAACGUUUCAACAGUACCGUACAGACCUGGUGCCCAUAGUGGCCUCCAGUUUGGUGGAGUCCCAGGCCAACUACGUCUACGUGAUGCCCGACCACAACAACCCUCAGCUGGGCCACCCGGUCUUCCUGGAGAUCACCCCAGCUCCAGACAUCAAGUACAAGAUUGUCCCUGGCCACAGCUCUGGCAUGAACGUACUGGGGAUUGUCAUCUUCUCUGCUACUAUGGGCCUGCUCCUGGGGAAGAUGGGCGAGAGAGGCGCUCCAUUGGUCAAUGUGUGUCAAUGUGUCAACGAGUGUGUUAUGAAGAUCAUCAAUGCUGCCAUGUGGUAUUUCCCUUUCGGCAUUGUGUUCCUGGUAGCAGGGAAGAUCCUGGACAUGCAUGACCCCGCCCACCUGGGAGAGAAGCUGGGGAUGUACUUCAUCACAGUGUUAGCCGGCCUGUUUGUCCACGGACUCAUCCUGCUGCCGCUCUUCUACUUUAUAAUCACACGCAAAAACCCCUUCACCUACAUCAGAGGCCUGCUACAGGCUCUGGUCAUCGCCCUGGCAACCUCCUCCAGUUCUGCCACCCUGCCCAUCACCAUGAAGUGUCUGUUGGAGAACUGUGGAGUGGACAGACAGAUCGCCAGGUUUGUCCUUCCAGUGGGAGCCACCAUCAACAUGGACGGGACAGCCCUCUACGAGGCCGUGGCAGCCAUUUUUAUUGCUCAGGUCAACGAGUACGAACUGGACUUUGGUCAGCUGGUCACCAUCAGUAUCACAGCAACAGCGGCCAGUAUCGGGGCUGCUGGGAUUCCGCAGGCGGGCCUGGUUACCAUGGUGAUCGUCUUGACCUCUGUGGGGCUGCCGCCCGCUGACAUCACACUGAUCGUGGCCAUCGACUGGGUCCUGGAUCGUUUCAGGACCAUGAUCAAUGUGUUGGGAGACGCUCUGGCUGCAGGCAUCAUGUGUCACCUCUGUAAGAAGGACUUUGAGAGGAGGGAGUCAAACGCUAACUCUGCCCGGAGGGACACAGUGAUCUCCUUCGGUGGCCAGAGUGUCCAGAGUUGUGCCCUGUCCGAGGCUCCUCUCAUGGACUAUGCCCAUCGCUGUGACUAUGUCUACGAGGUGGAAGGUGACUGUGUCACAGAGAGAUCUGGCCCCACUUACAACCUGUGUCAAGUUUAGGAGAAACCUGUUCCCUGUUACAACCUGUGACCUGUGUUACAAAGAAACCGGUCCCCGGCUGCAACCCGUAUCACAGAGAAACCGGUCCCCUUCUACAUGCUGUCACAAACAAACCCGUCCCCCGCUACAAACUGUUUGGUCUGAGACACUUUCACUGGACAGACAGCAGGGGGCACUGCCCGCCUUCAACAGAGACCUUUCUAUUUACAUGAAUAUACAUAGAGUUGUCCUGAUAUCAAUGGCUUUGGACUGGGGAAUUACAAUGGGACUGGGAAACAACCCUGCACUGAAACAGAGUUUGCACUUUUCUGAUGUGCAUUUAUCAGGAGUUGACUAUAACGUCUUCAUAAUGUUCUCUGAUGAAUCAGUUGGUUGAUGAUGUGCUCACACCACUAAUUGUUGUGCGGUUGAUUCCUGCACAUGCAGUAAGUCGCUUUGGUAAAUGUUCAACGUUUUACUGUCUGAUGAUCACACCUGUGCCAUGAUGAGGAAGCAGGUUUUCCUCAUCGUUUUGUGACUGGCUAUCUAGGCUACUGUAACCUACCAGUGACAGGGACUUACUUAUACAGUAGGUCCACUAGGGUGCAUGUUAUGUCCGAGUCAGUUUUCCUUCUUUAGCUCAAUGCAGAUUCCGCUCAGGACACCAUUUUGGUGCCACAAUGUACUGCAGCACAGAGCACUUUUUAGGCAACCAGGUGGCAUUAUGGACACCAUUUUGGUUCAAUGUGCUGCUGACUGUGAAGAUAGAUGACAAGCACUUUCAGAGUUUUUUGAAACCUUGUUUGGUAUCAGAAUGGUUAUAGAUACUUGCAUGAAGAUGCGAUAUUUAGGGCUGCUGGUUUUCUGUUCUACCUGAUCAUUAAUUACAUCCAUCUGGUGUCCCGGGUCUAAAUCAGGCCCUGAUUAGAGGGGAACAAUUAAAACAUGCAGUGGAACUGACUUGUGAGGUCCAGAGUUGAGUUUGAGGGUUCUAGAGAUAUAACAGUAGUUUAAAACAAAUGUGAGUGUGACUACUGAUUAUUUAGAAAUAUAUAUUUUUUUAAUGGUUUAAACUUAAAUGUUUUAUUUGCACAUUUUUCAUUUUUAUUUUGCAGUUAGGUUUUGGAGUUGCCUUAAAAUGUUCUUAAUAACUGGUCACCGUUGCGGAGAAUGUUGCAACCACGAAAGUGCUGAAAUUGACAGAACUUAAUACUGAAAAUGUGUUUAAAUAUAGUCAGUGACUAGGAGUGAAUCCUCUCAUCGUUACCUCUGUUAACCUAUUUAUAACAAAUACAGAAAGGUUAACUGAUA